CCCUGGCCACGGGCCACUCUCCAGGAACUUCCCCGCAAGGGACGAGAUUUACGACCCCCGCCCCCCGGCGCUCGCCUCGCACUGUCAGGCGGGCGCGCCGCAACAUAAAAUGGAUCCCGGCCGGCGCGGCGGCGGCAGCCAGGCGGCGGGCUCCCAGGCGGCGGGGCGGCUGUUCCCGAGGUUCUGCGCUGCGCCCGGGCGCACACGCGCGCGCUGACCGCGGCGGCGCCCGGGCCACGCCGAGCCGCCUCUCCCUGCCCUCGCGCGACUGUCAGGCCGAGCGGGCCGGCGGAUAUUGGCUCCGCGACGCGCCGAGGCUCCUCCCCGAGUCUGGAUCUUUAUAUUUUGGGAGAAUUUCUUUGAACUCAGUUACCGAGCUCCGUGAAGGAGGCAAGUUCCCACCGCCGGCUCGCGGGCGGGAGGCGAGGCGCGGCAAGGGCUCGCCCACCUUCCCCUGCAGCUGCGUGUGCCCGGCUGCCCGCCUCGCUUCCCUCGUGGAGGAAAACGGACCCACUUGGCUGAGGAAAAUGCUAAUUAUCUGGAUGUGACCGUGAGAAGAGAACGUGUGACUGGAGGAGGCAGAAGAGGAUGAGGAAAAGCAUUAUUUGAAGAGAAGAAUAAACCAGCCACUCCAACCCGUUCUGCAAAUUAGUGCUAUUACUUCUGGGCUCCAUUUAGCUUUGAUUCUUCACCCCCCCCAUUAAGAAACCUUGACUUGAGGGCCAAGAGGCAGCCCCCGACAACGGGGGGACCCUUCAGGGUUGGAAGACCUUUUGGAUGUAGCGUUGCUGGAACAUUUAGACACUCUCCUUUGGAAAAGCCACCAUGAAUUCGGUAGCCGGGAAUAAAGAGAGGCUGGCGGUCUCCAGCAGGGGCAAGAAAUACGGGGUGAAUGAAGUCUGCUCGCCCACCAAGCCCGCGGCGCCCUUCUCCCCCGAGAGCUGGUACCGGAAAGCGUACGAGGAGUCGCGCGCGGGCAGCCGGCCCACCCCCGAGGGCGCGGGUUCGGCGCUCGGCUCGUCGGGGACCCCGUCCCCCGGCUCGGGCACCUCGUCCCCGAGCUCCUUUACGGGCUCCCCGGGCCCCGCCUCCCCGGGCAUCGGCACCAGCUCGCCGGGCUCCCUGGGCGGCUCGCCGGGCUUCGGCACCGGCUCCCCGGGCUCGGGCAGCGGCGGCGGCUCCUCCCCCGGCUCGGACCGCGGCGUCUGGUGCGAGAACUGCAACGCCCGCCUGGUGGAGCUGAAGAGGCAGGCGCUGAAGCUGCUCCUCCCAGGGCCCUUCCCCGGCAAGGACCCUGCUUUCUCGGCUGUGAUUCACGACAAGCUCCAGGUCCCCAACACCAUCCGGAAAGCGUGGAAUGACAAGGACAACCGCUGUGACGUUUGUACCACACACCUGAACCAGCUGAAGCAGGAGGCCAUCCAGAUGGUGCUGACCUUGGAACAGGCAGCUGACAGCGAGCACUAUGAAGGCUCCCCUGGCUCGCCCCCACCGCUCUCCAACAUGCCCACCCUGGUGGGUCCCCGGCCCGGGGGUGGGCUCCAGCAGCCCAGAGAGUGGGCCUUCGUGCCUGCUCCCUGUGCCUCCUCCAACUACACGGCUUUCAUCAGCAACAAGCAUAGCAGCAAACCCAACAGCCUUGGGGUCAGCAAUGGGGCCGAGAAAAAAAGUGGGUCCCCAACCCACCAGGCCAAGGUCAGCCUCCAGAUGGCCACCAGUCCCAGCAAUGGGAACAUCCUCAACUCAGUGGCCAUCCAGGCUCACCAGUACCUGGAUGGCACCUGGUCCCUGUCGAGAACCAAUGGGGUCACCCUGUAUCCAUACCAGAUCUCCCAGCUGAUGACAGAGACAGGCCGGGAGGGGCUGACCGAGGCGGUGCUGAAUCGCUACAACGCGGACAAGCCUUCGGCCUGUGGCGUCCCAGGCUCCCAGGGCUCCUGCGUGGCCAACGAGACUUCGCCAGGUCCCUCGGUGGCCGCUUCCUUCUUUGCCAGAGCUGCCCAGAAGUUAAAUCUGUCUUCUAAAAAGAAGAAACACCGACCUUCCACCUCGUGUGUGGCCGAGCCCCCUCUCUUUGCCACCAGCUUCAGCGGUAUUCUGCAGACCUGCCCUCCGCCGGCCCCACCCUGUCUGCUGCGGGCCGUCAGCAAGGUGAAGGACACGCCAGGCCUGGGCAAGGUGAAAGUCAUGCUUCGCAUUUGCUCCACAUUGGCUCGCGAUACCUCAGAAUCCAGCUCCUUCUUAAAGGUGGACCCACGGAAGAAGCAGAUCACCCUGUAUGACCCCCUGACGUGUGGAGGUCAAAAUGUCUUCCAAAAGAGAGGCAACCAAGUUCCUCCUAAGAUGUUCGCCUUUGAUGCUGUUUUUCCACAAGAUGCUUCUCAGGCUGAAGUGUGUGCUGGAACCGUGGCAGAGGUGAUCCAGUCUGUGGUCAACGGGGCGGACGGCUGUGUGUUCUGUUUCGGCCACGCCAAGCUGGGGAAAUCCUACACCAUGAUUGGAAAGGACGAUUCCAUGCAGAACCUUGGCAUCAUCCCCUGUGCUAUCUCUUGGCUCUUCAAGCUGAUCAAUGAGCGCAAGGAGAAGACCGGAGCCCGGUUCUCGGUGCGGAUCUCAGCCGUGGAAGUGUGGGGCAAAGAAGAGAAUCUGCGGGACCUGCUGGCUGAGGUGGCCACGGGCAGCCUGCAGGACGGCCAGUCCCCGGGAGUGUACCUGUGUGAGGAUCCCAUCUGUGGCACGCAGCUGCAGAACCAGAGUGAGCUGCGGGCGCCCACGGCCGAGAAGGCCGCCUUCUUCCUGGACGCCGCCAUUGCCUCACGCCGGGGCAGCCAGCAAGACUGUGACGAGGACGACCACCGCAACUCGCACAUGCUCUUCACCCUGCACAUCUACCAGUAUCGCAUGGAGAAGAGCGGGAAAGGGGGAAUGUCUGGAGGCCGUAGCCGCCUGCACCUCAUUGACCUCGGCAGCUGUGUGAAAGCUCUUAGCAAAAAUCGGGAAGGAGGCUCAGGGCUAUGCCUCUCACUGUCUGCUCUGGGCAAUGUCAUCCUGGCUCUUGUCAACGGCAGCAAACACAUCCCCUACAAAGAGAGCAAGCUCACCAUGCUGCUGCGGGAGUCCCUGGGGAACGUGAACUGCCGCACCACCAUGAUCGCGCACAUCUCGGCUGCCGCUGGCAGCUACGCUGAAACCCUGUCCACCAUCCAGAUCGCCUCGAGGGUCUUGAGGAUGAAGAAAAAGAAAACGAAGUACACGUCGAGCUCCUCCGGCGGGGAGAGCUCCUGUGAAGAAGGCCGGAUGCGCAGGCCCACCCAGCUGCGACCCUUCCAGGCCAGGGCCGCGGUGGACCCGGACUUCCCCAUCCCUCAGCUGUCCAGUGAGCCCGACUACUCCUCCAGCAGUGAACAGUCCUGUGACACGGUCAUCUACAUCGGGCCCAAUGGCACGGCUCUGUCGGACAAGGAGCUCACAGACAACGAGGGCCCCCCUGACUUCGUCCCCAUCGUGCCGGCCCUGCAGAAGGUCCGGGGCGACAGCCGGCCCGCAGAGGCCGGCGGGGCCGCGGCCAGCAAAUCAGAAAGGGACUGCUUGAAGUGCAACACGUUUGCCGAGCUGCAGGAGAGGCUGGGCUGCAUCGAUGGCAGCGAAGAGCCUAGUCGGUUUCCUUUCGAAGAGCUGCCUGCCCAGUUUGGGGCAGAGCAGGCCAGCAAGAGUGCCCCCUUAGGCCAGGCGGCCAGGGCAAGCCCACUCUGUGAGUCCGACAGGGAGGAUAACGGGUCCGACGGCCAGUCCACCGACAGAGAAGGCACCGACCCUCCCGCCUCCAAGAUGCAGAGAAAUCACUCGCCCAGCCCGGCCCCCGGCCCGGCGCCACCCAGCAGCCCCAGCCCUGCCUCGCCCAGGAGCAUCCCGGGCAGCAGCAGCGAGCACAGCGCAGCCAGCCUCCAGAGCAGCAGAGAAAGCCUAAACUCCUGCGGCUUUGUGGAAGGCAAGCCCAGGCCGAUGGGCUCCCCGCGGCUGGGCAUCGCCAGCCUGUCCAAGACCUCGGAGUACAAGCCGACCAGCUCUCCCUCCCAGAGAUGCAAAGUCUACACCCAGAAGGGCGUUCUGCCUUCUCCUGCCCCCCUGCCUCCGCUGAGCAAGGGUUCCGGCCUGGUCUCCAGCGAGUCCCUGCUGCAGCCUGAGGUGCGCACCCCCCCGGUCGGAAUGAGCCCCCAGGUCUUGAAGAAAUCCAUGUCUGCUGGGGGCGAGGGGUUCCCCGAAAGCCCUGGCGAGGACGAGCCUCAGGCAGCGACUUCCCCGGAUUCUAAGAAGGAGAUCCUCAGCACCACACUGGUGACGGUGCAGCAGCCGCUGGAGCUGAAUGGUGAGGACGAGCUGGUGUUCACGCUGGUGGAGGAGCUGACCAUCAGCGGGGUCCUGGGCGGUGGCCGCCCCACCAGCAUCAUCAGCUUCAACAGCGACUGCUCCGUGCAGGCCCUGGCCUCGGGCUCCCGGCCCGUCAGCAUCAUCGGCAGCAUCAGCGAGGACCUGGAGUGCUACUCCAGCGUGGCGCCUGUCUCUGAGGUCAGCAUCACGCAGUUCCUGCCCCUCCCGAAGCUGACCCUGGACGAGAAGGCCUGUGAGGCCGGGAGCAGACGUUCGUCCAUUAGCUCCUGGCUGAGUGAGAUGAGCGCCGGCAGUGACGGCGAGCAGUCCUGCCACAGUUUCAUAGCCCAGACGUGCUUCGGGCACGGGGAGGCCAUGGCAGAGCCCCCGGCCUUGGAGCUCGGCGGCAGCAUCCAGAACAGCGCCGUGGUGUGCCGGGAGAAGCCCAAGGCGGGCCCCGACAAUUUGCUCAUCUUGUCUGACGUGGGCGAAGACUCUUUCAACAAGGCAGCCCCCAUCAAAGGCUGCAAGAUCUCCACGCUGGGCAAGGCCAUGGUCACCAUCUCCAACACGGCAAAUCUGGGUGGCUGCGAGGGCUACAUCCCCAUGAAGACCAACAUUACAGUCUACCCCUGCAUCGCCAUGAGCCCGCGGCCCGUCCAAGAGCCCGAGGCGUCCAUCGCCCCCACCGUCAGCUCAGGGCCCAGAGCAGCCCAGUCCCAGGACAGCAGGGAGACUGGUGCAAAGACAGAGAUGAAAUUUGAGGACCCUUGGCUAAAACGAGAAGAGGAGGUCAAAAAAGAGAGUGCCUAUCCCAGUGAAGAGGGGACUGGGUGUGAGGCUGCCACAGGCCCCCCGAAGCCCGAGGCCAGGGCAGAACAGGACAGGAAGGCCAGCCCUGGGGACAGGCUGAGCAGCAGCAGUGGUGAGGUGUCCGCCUCGCCAGGGAGCGACACCUUCAGGAGGGUGGUGGAUGGCUGUGAGAUGGCCCUGCCCGGUGCGGCGGCCCAGAGCCCUGUGCACCUCAACAGGAGCCUCAAGUCCAGCAGCCUGCCCAGGGCUUUCCAGAAGGCCAGCAGACAGGAGGAACUGGGCAGCCUGUUCUACCACUGUGCCGCGGAGAGCAACGGGCUGGGCGCAGCACCCUGCAAGGUGACCCCGGAGAGGAAGGUGGCCUCGCCCAAGCACGGAGUCCUGGCUCGGCCCAAAGGGACGCCCCCUCUGCCGCCGGUCCGCAAGUCCAGCCUGGACCAGAGGAACCGGGCCAGCCCCCAGCACAGCGCCUGCAGCAGCAGCACCGGCAGCCCCUCGCACCCCUCGCACCCCCCAGCACCCUUCCUGGCCGCGUUCCCGGACGAGGCCGGCGGCAGGCUGAAGGAGGCCAGCAGCAGCAGGCUCUUCAGUGCUAAGCUGGAGCAGCUGGCCAGCAGGACCAACUCCCUGGGCCGGGCCACGGUCAGCCACUACGAGUGCCUCUCGCUGGAGAGGGCCGAGAGCCUGUGCGCGGGCAGCUGGCGGGCGCACGCGGCCAAGGACAGCACGAUGCCCCGCGCGGGCAGGAGCCCGGGCCGCGGCGGCGGCACCGCCGGGGCCUCGCCCACCGCCCCGGGCCCCGCGCCGCCCCCUGCCUCCGCCUCCGCCGCCCCUUCGCCCAAGGCCGGCCCGUGCAAGAUCUCGGCCGUGAGCAAGCUCCUGCUUGCCAGCCCCAAAGCGCGAAGCCUGGCCACCGCCACCACCAAGACGCUCAGCUUCUCCACCAAGUCCCUGCCGCAGUCGGUGGGCCAGAGCCCGGGCCUGGCGGCCAGCGCGAAGCCCACGUCCUGGUCCACGCAGUCCCUGAGCCGCAGCCGGGGCGCCGGGCCCGCCUGCAAGCUGCCGCUGCGCGCCGUCAACGGGCGCAUCUCGGAGCUGCUGCAGGGCGGCGCGGGCGCGCGGGGCGCCGACGGGCGCGCGGGGGCGACGGGCGAGGAGCGACCGGCCGCGCCCCCGCUGCCCUCGCCCUACAGCAAGGUGACGCCGCCGCGCCGGCCACACCGCUGCAGCAGCGGCCACGGCAGCGACAACAGCAGCGUGCUGAGCGGCGAGCUGCCGCCUGCCAUGGGCAAGACGGCCCUGUUCUACCACAGCGGCGGCAGCAGCGGCUACGAGAGCGUUCUACGCGACAGCGAGGCCACCGGCAGCGCCUCGUCUGCGCACGACUCCACGAGCGACAACAGCAGCUCCGUGGGCGGCCGCUGCCGCAGCCUCAAAGCCCCAAAGAAGCGCUCCAACUCAGGUUCUCAGAGACGGAGGCUCAUCCCGGCACUGUCCCUUGAUACCCCCUCCCCUGUAAGAAAGCCCGUCAGCAGCACUGGGGUCCGCUGGGUGGACGGCCCCUUGCGCAGCACCCAGAGGGGCCUCGGGGAACCUUUUGAGAUCAAAGUAUAUGAAAUUGAUGACGUAGAGCGGCUACAGCGGCGACGUGCGGGCAGCAGCAAGGAGGUCACGUGCUUCAACGCGAAACUGAAAAUUCUGGAACAUCGCCAGCAGAGAAUCGCCGAGGUCCGGGCCAAGUACGAGUGGCUGAUGAAGGAGCUGGAGAUCACCAAACAGUAUCUGAUGCUGGACCCCAACAAGUGGCUCAGCGAAUUUGACUUGGAGCAGGUUUUGGAGCUGGAUUCCCUGGAGUACCUGGAGGCACUGGAGUGCGUGACGGAGCGCCUGGAGAGCCGCGUCAACUUCUGCAAGGCCCAUCUGAUGAUGAUCACCUGCUUUGACAUCACCUCCCGGCGCCGAUGAAGAGCCGGUCCGGCCUGCCAGCCCCUCACUGCCCAGGACCACCCCCCCCCCCCCCAAGCCCCUCGGUGCCGGCGGCUCGGAGACAGCGGAAGGAGGACGAAGGUUGGUGCAAGUCUGGAGGGAGCGCUGAGCGGAAGGCAGUUUUCUUUUGUUUUCUGUAGGAAAGGUGUAAACACCACACAUGUGGGAGGAGGAAAUGAUGGGAAGCCCAAGGGACGUGGAAGCCCCGUGAGACUGAAAAAGCACUUUGAGGAACUUUCGAGAACUUGAUACGUAAGAACUGCUGGCGAGAGCCCCCUCUCUUCUCUGGCUUUGCGAGAAGGGGCGAGGGUGCGUGCAGGAUUGCUGUCGGAAGCGGACACACAACAGAUGACCCAGAGCGACUGAUUAAGUGCCUUGCAAAUCUUUAUUAUCCAGUUUGAGACUUUCUUGUGUACAGAUGGUGCUACUCCAGAUGAAAACACCACCACCACCACAAAAAAGAAAAUCAAACGCAUUUUUGAAAUGUAUUUACAGCUCGUUUUCUCUUGGUGUUUUAUCCUAUUUCUGACUUGCUGUUUCUAAAUAAGUAGUGUUUGUAGCUCUGUCCCCUAAGCAGUAUUGCAUAUGAAUAAAUGUCCACUGUCCUUUACGGUUCUUCUGGUAAGGCCACUCAAACAAACAGAACAGAGAGACUUGAUGGGCACAAGCUGGUGUGUUUCCAAAGACAAUGGGGACAACAGGUGACACUUUGUGCCACCUCUCACCAGGGGCGCAGGCGGCGGGCACCCUCGUGGGGCAGGUGCGUGUGAGCUUGAGAGAACGGGGACUGCAUCUUUCCUGGAAAAGGAACCUUUACGACCGGGGCCUCUGUGUCCUUUGUUUAAUCCAGAUACAGCCUCUCCCUCCAAGUCCUGACACGCGUACUGAUUCCUUUACCCCCAAACCCAGGGUUUUCAUGGCCCUCAAAACCUUUUUCAUAGUCAUUUUUAUUCCAGAGACUGGAUUCAAAGUUUGAACCAACUCAAUAGAGCCAUAUUUUUUGUUCUCUGGUUCCGCGACAUUAUUAGAAACGAGAUCUUUCCCAGUUUAGAGACCCUCUCAGGCUGGUAUAUGCUCAGAGACUUGCAACAGUCUUGGUUUAGAACAAGGAAGGAUGUUGGGAUCACAUGACAUCUCUGUGGUUCAGACUGCUGCUCAAAUGCAAAACAAACAUCCCCAUCCUCCCAUGACCCGAGGCCACCAUCCCAAGGAAGGACAAGGCUUGUCCCCCCCAGGCUUGGGUGCAGAAGGCAGAGAGUUUUCCUGUCGUGACUCACACCCCUUGGAGAGGCAGAACACAGAGCUUCGUGCAUAGGGCUGUCCCAGGAACAUAGGAUUUUGUCCUCAGAUGGAGGGGCUCACCCUGCCUUGACUCCCUCAGGGAUUAUCAUACCCAUUUAGCGAUGGAACCCCAAGGCACCAAGUGGCCAGGGGAUUAUCUGAUAACAGCCGUGGAGCGGCAGGGGCCGCCUCCUCCCUCCUGGGGCCGGAAGGUGAGGGUGCUCAGGGUCUUACAGAGUACUAUUCGGUUUUGCCCUCCAGCACAGCGUAUCAUCACGAGCUGAUUUCUAGGUUCAACAGUCCUUGCUACCCAACACCUCAGACCCAGCUGCACCCCGAGGAAUCAGACCUGAGUGUACGUGUGGACGCAUGUGGCCCAGCAGAGCUGGUCAGGGAGCCAGUGAUGUUCAGCCAAACUCUGUGCAUAGGAGCUGGGGGUCUCGUGAGCCUCAUGGUACCCGGUCCUUUACUGGUCGGAACUGGCACAGACGCGCUGAUGGCUCAUGUGUCUGGAAGUCUGCCCCCCAGACUGGAAGCCAGCCCCAUGGAUGAGCAGUCCAGCUCUGCUUUGUGUCCGCACCUGCUCUCAGGCAAAGGGACACACAGAGCAGAUGCUCACCUCUGAGAGCUGAAUGGGCUCUGACAUGGUGAAAGGUGCUCCAGAAUGGACCGUGCGCCCCUUAGCUUAACAAGUUGUCUGUCACCCUGGGAAGCGGGGCCUCCCCCAGCUCCUCAGCCUUCACCCCAGCCUGCAGGCUCUGGGCAUGCCUCUGCCCUCCCAGCACCUGUAUGAACGGGCUUGUUGAACAGCAACAUUAUGGAAGCUUCUGGACCCCAAAGGAUGCCCAUCUUUUGAGUCUGAGUUUGCAUCCCUUUUGGUUGCUGCUCUGACAUAUACCACUUCGUGAAAAGCCUUUAAUUUGGGAAGGGUCAGAGGUGAGUAUUCUGGUCUCUGUUGAAAACAUGUUCACUUGAUGAGUAACCCCACGUACUUAGCUUUUCCCUGGCACAUCUCCCCUGGCCCCAAGGUCACCACACAGCGCUGCCUGCCUUAAACAGACCAGCCAUGGGGUCCCGUGCCUUUCCUGGAGCGACACCAAAUUGAGACAUCUACAGAAAUUUAAAAUCUCAAUCCAGGGAAUCUUUCCUACUCCCUAAGCCUGCUUUUCUCCACUUGUUGCAACUUUGUGAGCAGCAAAAGGGUUGAAUGAAACCGAGAGCCUUCUUACCGAGUCAGACUGGCUUCUCCAAGACGCUGUGCCGUGGAACAUCUCUCGGAAAGUUGUUGGCCAACUGUGUGUGGAGGUUCUCCAUUCUGGCUUUUUCUUUUCUUUUUCUUUCUUUCCUUUAACACUCAGUGAGCUGCAAACAUCUUCAUGUACCAAGUACUGCUUAACCACGUGAAGAUGUCAUGAAUUUUGAGCUGUGAUGGUUCCUGGUUCUUCCCAGAAGUUGACUAAACCAACGAUGCUCUUCAGGCACAAAGGGAAGCAGGUGUGGCCAACUCUUUCAAGGCAGUCCCAAUAACUGAGGAACGCCUCAUCCAAUGACCAGAUGUGACGGAGCUCCACAGUUUGGUGAGAACCCAAGAAGCAAAGAGGAAUGUCAAAGAACCCACUUCCAUGUCCUUAUCCGCAACCAGAAGGACCAGAAACUUUCUAUGUGAAAUUAACAUCUAGAUCCAUCAGCCUUUAUUCCUGGUCUGAAAUCUGCCCAAAUAGUUUAGUGUGAGGUGAAGCAUUGGCCGCACAACAAAACUCAGACCCACAAAAGGGAAAUGGCGAUACUGCUUCCGGGGAGUAAAUCCAGAUUACUUUCCAUGAGGUUGGUUCGUGCUGUGACCGAGUGACAUUGGGCUUAUCCUGGGCUUGCAGUCCCCACCUGAGAGCUGCAACCUUGGAUCUUCUGGUCCUUGAAUUCCCCUGUGCAUCACGGGGAAGCUGUCGCUGACGUUCAUCUCUUCCAGAUUUGAAAUCAGAACACCCCGUGUGUGGUUUGAUCUCCAGUCGCUAUUCCAAACACAGGGAGCUCAUGACAGAUGCAGAGGGCAGUCUCUGCGGACGCCAGUGGGGGUCCUUCAAGGGACCCUGAGCUGGGGCGGGGGUGGAAGCCGGGACAAGAAGCCAGGCAGCUCAGCCUGAGGAACUCGGCAGGCAAGAAUCUGGCCAGUUGUCAUAAAUUAGCCUUAUGCUUCAAGUCUCUGUCCCUGGAAGGUGGCAGUGAUCUCACUGUGGCCACAAAAGCCAUCUGGGCAGAUGGUUCGAAAAGUCUGACACACACACAACUUAUGUUCGUUCUUGGACUUCUGUGCAUGCUGAGCAAGAAGCCCUUCUCUGGGCUCCAGAUUCUAAAGUUAUGGCGAAUCUGGGUUGAUCCGUAACCCUUUCCAUAGGUGUUCCUGUGGGAAAGCAGCUGAUGGACCUGGUCUUCAUGGGAGAGAGGGCCAGGCUUACGAGAGCCUGUAGACACCGUGGCCAGCAUCCUUGGCCACAGCCGAUGUGUAGUUGAGGCUUCCAAAAAUUCCAAAAAGGAUUUCAGGCUGUGAAAGAAAGAACUAAAGAUAUCUAUUUCAUAAUUGAAACCAGAAGAAAUCAUGAGUUGACUCAUUGUUCCUUCCUUCCGGAAUAUCAGCCCACUCUGAGCAUAUACUGAAAGAGUCCCUUGCUUUUAAAGGCUAUUUCUUUUAAACCCUGAAACCAUGUCAGUAAGAAACAGGUAGAAAGUCUUGUCACAACUAGUUGAUGCUGAAAACAGCCCGGUCCCACUGUCCCCGGGGCCUCGGGCAGUGCAGCCAGGCCUUCUGUGACAGAGGGACACAGCUCAUCACUGCCCCACAGGAGACCCGGCCGCACAGAGAAAAGCCAGUGCAGCCCACUCCGCUCUGUGCCCCAUGAAGCCAGGCCACAUGCCCAGCUCCCCUGACACUGCCGAUAAGUGGCCUAAAGUGGUCGGGGAGGAGGGUAGUCAGGGCACAGGCCCUACAAAUAUCACGUUCCUUUGGACUGGAAUCUCUUUCUCCUCCUCCAGCAAAUAUCUGUCAACAUUUGUGGGUAAGAACUCAUAAAUUGUAUCCCUUAGCAAUUUCCCUAAAACACACACACAUAUUUUAUAAUUACAGACUGUUCAUUUCCAGAUAAAAACCUAAUUCCAAUCCAGGAGAGGCUCUUGUAACUCAAGCCCAGCUUCUCAUAGAAGUUCUCUGUCCAUUCUUAAAAGCUGGUUUACCCAUCCCUAAACAAAUACACUCUGCUUCUGGGUGGCCCUCCGCAGAACCGGACACUGAUGUCCUAACAACAGGCACGGAGCAGGUGCUCAAGGUGGCAGGCAGUCUUCAGCGCGCCCAGUGAACACACUCUGAAAGCCCCAUGUCCCUGCACAUCGGGGUGGGCGCCGAGCUCGGGGCAUGCGCACACCGGCUCCAUUCCCCACCCCGCUAACCAACAGCCCACAGUCCUGUUCCAUUGUAGGAAGAAGUAUAAUUGAUUUGUAAGCUCAGGAUAUUGUCGUGUAGCCUCGCCUGUGUUUUGUGAUUCAUUUCUACAUCACAGUUGGAAGUGCGGUCCAAGGGCAAUGCACUGAAGUGUACGGGGGGUGCAUCUGCAGCUGUUCUUGCCCCUCGCUCUCGUGAGCUCCGUUAAUGGAGGCAGGGUCCCGGGGGCAGAAAGAUAAAUCAAUCAGGAGACCAGGGAUGAGGAUCCAGUCCUCAAAGUGUCAAGCUACAUUCAACAUCUAAGCCGUUUCCAUAGUGAGUAGCUGAGAGAGAAAGAUCCCUUCAUUUUGAAUCUGAUGAUCAUGGGCUUGGAAACCAGCCCUCACAGGCCCGGAUGGGAUUUCUGAGAAAUUUCUGCAAAAAGUACAGACCAUAUUAGGUCCUCACAGUCCCCUGAGGCCCACGCACCCCUCAGGUGCUACUGAAGGGGGUUUGGAGAAGCAACUGGAGGUCCUGACCUUGGGUAUGUGUCGUACCUGUUUGUUCUGGAGAAACCAAAGCACUUUAGUGAGGUUUACAACCCGUAAUAUUUAUGGCAUCUUGUCCCCUCCCUGGAUGCCUGAGGGGCGGGGAGGGGCUGGGGUCAGUAGUCUCAUUUGAGAGGCACCUCUACCUAGGAGAAAAAGCCUGGAGCCAGGAGUCAGGAAGCCAGCGCCCAUCCUAGUUCCCUCCCUCGCUAUGCAACCCUGGGCUCCCCAGUGGGAGAUCGGGGCUCAGAAAAGCUGUCCUUCUGGGAUGGUGUAGAGAGAAAAUGGUAUCCGUGAUGGGAAGUGCUUUGAAGAAAUUACAGCUCUGUGUAGGAGCUGGGGAUCAUCAUUUCUCGAUGAGGAAGCUCAAGUCAAUAGUCAGUGACUGAGGCCCAAGUCCACAGAGUCGCUUUAGGGCAGACCGUGACCCGAGUCCAGAAUCUUGGGCUCUUCCCAUGAGCUGCUGCUUGCACCGGGCGCAGGAACACGUGGCCACACGUCACACCUAUGUACUGGCAUGUGUGUGUGUGUGCACGGGGCACAGACGGAUGCGUGUGUACAGAAGGUGUGUAGCACGGAAAGAGCACAGGACAGAAAGCCGGAGUGUCAGAGGUCCUAUGGCCUUGGGUACGUUACCGAACUUCUCCAGAACUCCCAUGUUCUAAUCUGUAAAAUGAUGACGUUGUGCUAAAUGAGCGUCAUGGUUCCUGCGGCUCUAGAAAUGUAUGUAUGUAUAUAUAAAUAUGCUUAUCUGUAGAAAUGGGCCAACUUAGAAACUGGAGACAAGGCCUGCCGAGUCAUUCAUUUGUGUCACAAACAGCCAAUUUCACAAACCAGUUCAUAGAAUCACGUUUUAAGAUUCAAUGGUAGUAGUUAAGGUCAUGGUUUUAAAUUCACUGUUUAACUGGAUAAAAGAUCGGUGCCAUUUUAAAAAUUAAGCUCUUAGCUUACAAGUGUUGGCUGUUAACCACUUUUUAAUAAAGUUCGUGUGUUUAAGGCUGAAAUCCCAACCAACCAUUCUGUACUUGGGCAGGUCCCAACAGCCUCUUGGCCAACAGGCUGGGUUUUGUGUCUGGGCCCUCACAUUGCUAUAUACACGCUAGCUGUUGGCUUGGUCAUGAUAACUAUGAGCAGGCUACCUGGAGAACAGUCUGGAAGAGAAAGUUCUAGUUCUCAAAAACUGAUGACAUGAAUCCAUUAAGCUGUGUGCCAUUUCCAGUGAGAAGACAUUGUUUGCUGGCUAAGAUCUCGGACUUUUUGUGGCAUAUGAGGUGUAAAAUGUUGUCAAAAAAGAAUCUGGUGUUUAAAAAGAAUCAAACUAUGGUGGCAUUAAA